AUGACUUCUCUGAGCAUAAUUUGGGUCCUUGUCCCACUCCUUCUGGCUGGUUCGGUUGCUGGUCAUGGUCAUAUCAGCAAUAUUGUCAUCAAUGGAGUCUAUUACGAAGGAUGGGAUAUUAACUCAUUCCCCUACGAAUCUGAUCCACCAACUGUGGUAGCCUGGGGCACGCCAAACACUGGAAAUGGUUUCAUUAGCCCCGACCAAUAUAGCUCCUCGGAUAUCAUCUGUCAUGAGAACGCCACAAAUGCCAAAGGAUAUGCAACCAUUGCAGCUGGAGACAAGAUCAAUCUUCAGUGGACAGCCUGGCCCGACUCCCACCAUGGGCCAGUACUCACCUACCUCGCCAACUGUGGAGACUCGUGUGAAACAGUGGACAAAACCACCCUCGAGUUCUUCAAAAUCAGCGGAGUCGGACUGGUCAGCGAUACAGACGUCCCUGGAACCUGGGGAGACGAUCAGCUGAUUUCCAACGACAACAGCUGGCUGGUUGAGAUCCCGCCGAACCUCGAAGCCGGCUACUAUGUGCUGCGAAAUGAGAUCAUUGCACUCCACAGCGCGGAGGAGUCCGACGGUGCACAGAACUAUCCUCAAUGCUUCAAUUUGCAAGUGACAGGCACUGGAACGGAAAGUCCAUCCGGUGUGCUGGGAACGGAGCUAUACAGCGCCACCGAUGCCGGAAUUUUAGUCAACAUUUACUCCUCUCUGUCCACCUAUGAGAUUCCUGGACCCACCCUUUACAGUGGUGCGGUCUCAGUGACCCAGUCUACUUCCGCCAUCACUUCAACUGGCACGGCAACAACUGGAUCGGGGGAUAGCACUCAGGCUACAACAUCGGCUGCCGUGGCUGCCAUGAGCACAUCUAUACCAAGUACAAACAGUCCUGUGGCAUCCACAACCUCCACCACGAGUGCCGAGGUAUCCGAACCGGUGACUUCGGUCGAGCUGGAUUCUACCAGUUCGCCCACGGUGUCCACGACUGCCCCAAGCAGCAUCAUUACCACUGCUCCAAGUAGCGCUAGCAUCACCGCUGCUGCGGGUUCAGCGCAGUCCUUAUACGGGCAGUGUGGAGGAGUCAACUGGACAGGCGCUACUGCAUGCACCACCCAGGCCGUUUGCAGUUCCAUGAAUCCCUAUUACUACCAAUGUGUCGCAAGUGCUGCUUAA